GCAUCAUGCACCUCCAUUUCAUACAUGUUCCGCAAAAGGAAGAAAAACAAAUAACUCAAUCAUUCGCUGAAUCUGAACUGCAUACUAAAACAGGGAGGCUAUUGCCAUUUCGAUCGGCCAUUUAUUUUGUCCGUCCACAAAACCAGCCCUUCCAUCCAUCCAUUGCUGCUAGUAUUAUCCUGUUUGCUGCUUCAGCUCACCGCGUUCCACGUGGCACAUGCAAUGUUUUGCUAGUAAUCCGGGGAGGCCGAACGACGACCGCCAACGCGCACACACGCAAAAAAAAAAAAGUCAAAAACUAGAGCCGAUCGUUUGAUCGAUCGCUAGGCAAGAUGAGCGGCUGCCUCUGCCUCCCCCGCUAUAAAAAGGCACCCAACGGGGCGCCAUCGCCGCCACCACCACCACCAGCAGAAGCAGCGGCAGCGGCAGCGGCAGCGGCAGCGGCGAAUCCGUCCGUAGAUUCUUCUUCCUCCUCCCUCACCAACAACCAUCCCCCACCCUCCGAGAAGAUGGACGCCGCCGUCGACCGCCUCAAGGAUGGGUUCGCCAAGUUCAAGACCGAGGUCUUUGACAAGAAGCCGGAGCUCUUCGAGCCACUCAAGGCCGGACAGGCGCCCAAGUACAUGGUGUUCUCGUGCGCCGACUCUCGCGUGUGCCCGUCGGUGACCCUGGGCCUGCAGCCCGGCGAGGCCUUCACCGUCCGCAACAUCGCCAACAUGGUUCCGGCCUACUGCAAGAUCAAGCACGCCGGCGUCGGGUCGGCCAUCGAGUACGCCGUCUGCGCCCUCAAGGUCGAACUCAUCGUGGUGAUUGGCCACAGCCGCUGCGGUGGUAUCAAGGCCCUCCUCUCACUCCAGGACGGAGCACCAGACUCCUUCCACUUCGUCGAGGACUGGGUCAGGACCGGCUUCCCCGCCAAGAAGAAGGUUCAGACCGAGCACGCCUCGCUGCCUUUCGAUGACCAAUGCUCCAUCUUGGAGAAGGAGGCCGUGAACCAAUCCCUGGAGAACCUCAAGACCUACCCGUUCGUGAAGGAGGGGGUGGCCAACGGCACCCUCAAGCUCGUCGGCGGCCACUACGACUUCGUCUCCGGCAAGUUCGACGUAUGGGAGGCAUAAAUCCGACCGUCCGUUGGGUUAGUCAGUUUGACGCCUACGCUUGGCACAAGCACCUGAGGAUAUCGAUCGUCCCCGAUCAUCAUCCAUGUGAACGCGUGGAGUGCUGCGUACGUACGUACCUGAUGUGAAUGCUGUAUUAAUAAUAAUAAUCAUAUAUAUAAGUAACAAGAAAAAUAUCUCCUCUACUUUUUCCUGACGCGGAGUUGUACUACGUAUGAUGCAUAAUUUGAUCGCCUUGUGAUUAAAAGACAUCAGCUAUAAUUUCUCUCAAUAAUAUUAUUAUGAAGAGUUUAUCUUUUUACUA